AUGGCUUAUGAUUUACAGCAGUUGGCAGUGGCUUCCAUGAUUUCACCUUUGCCUAGCUCUCACAUGUGGAGUCCCAAUCACUGCAGGUGCCAUCAGUUGUUUGAUGUAUGCACAGUGUCACGAACAGACAGAGAAACCAAACUAACAUUAGUGUUUGAACAUGUUGAUCAAGACCUGACCACUUAUUUGGAUAAAGUCCCGGAGCCUGGAGUGCCCACUGAAACCAUAAAGGAUAUGAUGUUUCAGCUUCUCCGAGGUCUGGACUUUCUUCAUUCUCACCGAGUAGUGCAUCGUGAUCUAAAACCUCAGAACAUUCUGGUGACCAGCAGCGGACAAAUAAAACUGGCUGAUUUUGGCCUUGCCCGCAUCUACAGUUUUCAGAUGGCUCUUACCUCAGUGGUCGUCACGCUGUGGUACAGAGCUCCAGAAGUCUUGCUUCAGUCCAGCUACGCCACCCCCGUGGACCUCUGGAGUGUUGGCUGCAUAUUUGCAGAAAUGUUUCGUAGAAAGUAAGAGAUGCCUUUUGUUUCACUCUGCCUUCCUUAGAAAGAGGCUUUUUGGUCUUCAGUAAUUUAAGUGAUAGCAAAGCAUUUCUGUUGCAAGUAAGCUCAUGCUAGGUCCAGAUCCACCUGCCUCGGGUACCGUGUCAAAGCCUGUCCUGGAGAUGCUGUCUCUAUGGUGUACUUACGGUGUAAGUCCUUAUGGUGUACUUUUGUAUGACUCUAGCUUCCAGCUCUCAGAAACUCUGUUUGGAAAGUAACAUGCCACUGUUCUUAUGACUUAUUUUUGUUGAUGAUGAUAGGACGUAAAAAUAUCCUCACGGUGGACUUUGUACACAGGAGAAGGACAAAGGCUGUUAAAUGUAUGGAAAUUUUGAUGGUGAGAAUAGUUGCUUAAACAGAAUGUUCAGAUUGAAAAGGAAUAGGCAAAGAAGAUGUCAGCACUGCUUCAGAAUACUGAAAAUGCUGUCAGAUGGAGGAGAGAUUAGACAUACCCAGGCACCACAGAGAGCAAGACAAGGACCAAAGAUACAGAAAUUACAGAAAUAAAGACUUUUGCACAGAAGUGGGAAAAUCUAAUGUUAGGCAGUCCCCUGAAGAGACGAUUGGGGUCACUGAAAGUGGUGUAUCCUCACUGGGUAUUCAAGAAGAAACUGGACCACCACACAUUGGAAGUGUUUGCAGUGGCAUUCUUGGAGUGGGUGGAUGGGCUAGAUGACCUCCAGAGCCCUCUGAUUCUGAGAGUCUAUGAUUCAUUUGAUUUUCAGGUCACAACAAGUAGCCAAACAAUACAACAAAGAUCUGCCGGGAAAAUAAUCCAUUCCCAGGCACGAAAUUCAGCAAAUCAAAAUUAAGCAGAGAACCUAAUCAUAAUCUAAUGACUCCUUGUUUUCUAUUUUCAUUUCCCUAUGUCCCUGGGAAACGUGAGUUGGGAAGCUGAGUAUAUUCCCGUUGCGCAUGUUAUGUUCAGAGUGUUGGCUACAUGAUAGCUCACAAGGAAGAGAAGUGCUUGACUCUUCUUCUGUUUUAACCAAAUUAAGUUUUAGUGCAUGUAAUAAAUUUGGGGACCUAUUUUUAGAAUUCAGCAUUUUUGUAUAUUGCUCACAGGAAGGGAUCAUGCCAAAGAAAUCAAAGUACAUAGAUGUUUGAUGCAGGCCUACUGUAUGCCAAGUACAGGACCAAACUUCUUCCCUUCUGUUACCUUUUUAUGCUUCCUUAUCAAAGAUAACUGAGAGGCACCUGGGUGGCUCAGUGCGUUAAGCGGCUGACUCUUGAUUUUGGCUCAGGUCAUGAUCUCUUUGUUCGUGAGAUCGAGCCUCACCUUGGGCUUUACCCUGACAGCCCAGAGCCUGCCCUGACAGCCCAAAGCCUGCUUGGGAUUCUCUCUCUCUGGCCCUCUCCUGAGCACAUGCUCUCUAAAUAAAUAAAUAAACUAAUUAAUUUAAAAAAAGAUAAUUGAGAUGCAGUGAUAAAUUCAUUUGUCUAACAUCAAGCAGCUAAAAAGUAGCAAGGGUAUUAUUCCAAAUGAAGUCUUGUGAGUUUUAAUCCAAUGUAGUUUUUCUACCAAGGAAGGAAGAAAAUAAGUAAUAUUGAAUUCAGCUGCAAUGUUUACCAAACAAGCUAAAUAAGUGGUUUGGAAGUGUAGUCCUUGGACCUAAGGCAUCAGCAUCACUAAGGACCUUGGUAGAAAUGCAAAUUCCCAGCUCCCCCCAUCCCUACCCCAGCCCACUGGAUCAGAGGCUCUUGGGCUGGGGCUCAGCAACUUGUGUUUUCACCAGCCCUCCUGGCUAGUCUAAUUCACCCUCCAGGGUAAGGACCACGGGGUUGGAUGACAAGAUCACCAGGGAUGAGCAAUGUAGAUGUGCAAUUUCCAGACCUCUCCCUUAGAGAUUCUGAUUCAUAACUAGGCUGGGGCCAGGCAUUCUUGUUUUUAAAAGUACCUCAUGUAAAAUUCUUUUCAUCAGACAAGUGUAGAAAACAUUGGGUUAAAGCAUUAUGGUCAGAACAGGAAAUAAUUUACUGUCAGUAUGGCAAGGUGGGAGACAAGCAGGCAUUCUAGUUCAUCCCAUAAAUAACUUCGUUCACCUAAGAGCUGAUUAGAGAAAUGUCUGUUAAAAUUACAUUGAUAUGUCCGGAAUUGUCCUCAGAUAUAAAGAUUGAUCCUGCUUUUGUAAUAAGGGGGAGAGUGAUCAGUUUUGGGGGUUUUGUUUUGGGGGGGACUGUUUGUUUUUAAGUAGGCUUCAUGCCCAGUGUGGAGCCCAGUAUUGGACUUGAACUCACAACCCUGAGAUCAAGACUUGACCUGAGAUCAAGAGUUGGAUGCUUAGGGGCACCUGGGUGGCUCAGGUGGUUAAGCGUCCGACUUUGGCUCAGGUCAUGAUUUCUCCGUUCUUGAGUCAAGCCCUGUGCCGGGGUCUGUGCUGACAGCUCAGAGCCUGCAGCCUGCUUUGGAUUCUGUGUCUCCCUCUCUCUCUGUUCCUCCCCCACUCACACUCUGUCUCUCUCUCAAAAGUGAAUAAAGAUUUAAAAACAAAACAAAACAAAAACAAAAAACGAGUUGGACGCUUAACCAACUGAGCCGGCUAGGCACCCCUGAUCGGUUUUUUUUCAAUAGUACAAGACUUGAAUACCAGCCACUAUUGAUGAUAAAACCAUUAUUUUUCUGAAAGAUGUUAAAAGAAAGAUAAAAUUUAAGAUAUGUAGUGUUAAGCAUUCACUAGUAAGGAAUUUGCUGUAUUUCUAAGCUAGUUGCUACCUAUGCAACAGUUGUAACCUGAAUUUUCAUUUUAUAGCAUUAAAGCACUUUCCCACUGAAGUGGUGACAUAAUUGCUAAUCUGGUUCCCAGUCUAGCUUGCAGAAUCCUAUAUAACCUGGGAUAUAUAUGAAACAUUAUUUCUACUAAUUCAUCAAAACCUAUUUUCCAUUUAUAACAUUUUUUUUCUACGGAAAAACUCAUUCUCUCUUCCAAUCCAACAUGACAGGGAUACCCGUCUCUUCACCCCAGCAUGAAGUCUGGGAAGGGGGACUCAAUGUUGGAGGCUUAGGGAAACACUGCUUUCAUGAUGGCAGCAACAGUCUGCUUCAGUUUACUAGGAAAGUGAGAUGAUGAGUAGAGACCCGUUGCCUUUUUAGAUGUGCACAAAAGAAAGUACUCUGUCUCUUGGAGCCUUGCAUAGAGGUAGUAAAUUGAGAAUUAAUUGCCUGAAGGAGGAAGCAAUAUCAGAAUCCAGGCCCAUGUGGACGAAGGAGAAUGAAUCCAGGCUUAGUACACACCAUUCACAGGGUGGCUGCCCUGUCUCCUAAGUAGUUCCUGCUUUGGCUUUGACCUUGAAUAUGGCCGUAGGAUCUGACCUUUGUUCCUACUCUGUUCUUGUUUGGUAUUUCCUAUGAUAAUACCAAGAUAAUCUGAUUGUGCCGGCUUCUUACUUAUGUCAGAUGAGUUCUGUGGUCCAGUCCCCAGCUGGUCCUGAUUCUGUCUUGAUUCCUGAGUCCAUCUUGACACACCUAUUGCAGUGUCCAGCUGAGAAUUUACAAGCCAUAGAUUCUGAAAGCAGACUCCCUCAUUACCUUAGGCUAACUCUAAAUCAGAGAAUCCUGGCAUGUGUCCACUCUGGGUUCCUACUUGUUAUUAUGGCAGUAUUUCCCAAAUUUUGUCAUCUUUUUUAACACUUUCAUGAUUUUUGCCAUAUCCUCGGGACAACUAUACUUACUUAAUUUUUUAACCUAAACAAUUUACCUUUUUUUUUUUAUUGGAGUAUAAUUGACAUACAAUAUUAUGUUAGUUUCAGGUGUACAACAUAGUGAUUCAACAUUCGUAUACAUUACAGAUCAAUCGCCACAUUAAAUCUAGAUCCUAUCUGUCACCAUACGAAGUUGUUAUGUAUUAUUAACUCCAGGCAUACCUCAUUUUAUUGUGCUUUGCAGAUGCUUUUUUUUUUUUUUUUAACAAAUUAAGGUUUGUGUCCUGCCCCAAACAAGUCUGUCAGCACCAUUUUUCCAACAGCAUUUGCUUACUUCCUGUCUCUGUGUUACAUUUUGGUAAUUCUUGUAAUAUUUCAAGCAUUUUAAUUAUUAUCAUAUUUGUUAUGAUGA